AAAACGCCACUCCGUUAACCGCAGCCAUGGCCUUCACCUUGUACGACGGAAGCAUCGCCACAGCCAAGGCCGCCCUGACGACUCUAUGUCACAUCAUCGACGAGGCGCAGAAGCAGCCCAACGCAAACAGCCUCCUCCAGGCGCGACUAUGCGAGGACAUGAAGCCCCUGGUCUUCCAGGUCCACACGGCCACAAACCUCGCGGCGAGAAUGGUGGCACGGCUCUCCGGACAGGAGCCGCUGGACCUCGAUGACGAUCUGGCCUCGUACGACGACAUGCGCGCGCGCAUCGCUGACGUCUUGGGCGCCUUGGCCCAUGCCGACAAGGAUCUCGUCAACAGGCUCGGUGAGGAGUCCGCGCCGACGGUCAUGGGGCCCGGCAGGGCGUUGGACAUACCAGGCAAGGCGUUCGCGAUGGGUGCGGCCCUGCCCAACAUUUUCUUCCACGUGUCCGUGGCCUACACGAUUCUGAGGAAAGAAAGGGUGCCGCUGGGGAAGAAGGACUUUAUUAUGAGUUUCGUUGGCGAGCACGUCCUGAAGGCUGGUCAGUAGGCGCGGGCUGUUAAUAGGAGACCUUGAAGACGAUCAGAUUGCAACACCCCAGCCAGAUAUUCCGAGAAAGCAAUACACUACCCAUCUUUUCCAUAGAAAGAACCGGGUUUAGUCGUGUUUGUACGAGUAGUACCCAACUGUACUGUAGUCCUCUGCUUUGCUUGGAGCAUGAGUACGAGCAGCAACUUGGUCC